AUGUCUCUAAAUAUGGAGCCAAAGUGUGACCACUGUACAACCGCACAAGCAGUGAUUUACUGCAAAUCCGACUCGGCUAAACUAUGCCUAAACUGUGACGUCCACGUACACUCUGCAAAUCCUCUAUCUCGCAGGCACACACGCUCUUUGAUAUGCGAGAAAUGCUUUUCACAGCUAGGUGUAAUCCGUUGUCAGGACGAGAAUGUUUCAUAUUGCCAAAGAUGUCACUGGCACACAAGUAACUGCUCUGUUUUAGGACACAGACUUCAAAGUCUGAAUCCUUUCUCUGGUUGUCCUUCUCCAGCAGAAUUUGUCAGAAUGUGGUCUUCAAUUCUUGAACCUCCUGUCUCCGGUUUGGUUAACCCGUUUGUUGCUUCUUUGCCUUUGAGUAAUCCCAACAAUGCUAUAUUCGGAAUGGCAAAAAUUAACGAAUUAGACCGUUUGGUCGGUUCCUCUUAUUCUAUGGUGCCACACAACAUCAGUUACACUCAGAAUCUCAGUGACCAAUCAUCAUUCUUUUCCGUGGAAUCUAAGGGAUGUCCUGAUUUGGUUUUGAAACUUGAAGAAGGCGAAGAAGAUAUAUGCGAAGGGCUUAACUUGGACAAUGCGCCAUUAAAUUUUGAUGUUGGAGAUGAUAUCAUUGGUUGCUCAUCACAAGAACACAUAGAAUCAGACCAUACGGUACCAAAUUGUAUCUUGGUCGACAAGAACAACACAUCUGUUACCGCUUCAAACUUUACUAUAGGAGACAACGCUUUAGAGGCAUCAUCACCAGGACAACAAGAUUGCACGAGUUAUCAUCAGUCAGGUCCGUUGCAAAUGAACAUCAACACUGGACUUGCUCUUCCUCUUCCUGCAUCACCUGUCUUGUUCGGACAAAUCCAUCCGUCCAUGUCGCUUACCAUCUCCAACAUCACAGGUGAAAGCAGUGCAGCGGACUACCAGGAUUGUGGUAUGUCUCCAGGGUUUAUAAUGAGCGAUUCGCCAUGGGAAUCGAAUCUUGAAGGUCGUUGUCCACAAGCAAGGAAUCAGGCUAAGUUGAGAUAUAAAGAGAAGAAACUAAAACGCACUUUUGGGAAACAGAUUCGAUAUGCAUCUCGCAAAGCGAGAGCUGACACGAGAAAAAGAGUGAAAGGAAGAUUUGUGAAAGCUGGUGAUAAUUAUGACUAUGACCCAUCAUCACCAACGACGAACAACUGA